CGGCGGGGGCGGACGGCGGGGGCGCCGUGCUCCUCCCUCCUUCCGUCCCUCCUUCCCGGCCGGCCUGCCCUGCCGCGCGGCCCGCGAUGCUGCUGCUGGCUGCGGGCUGCCGCCGCGUCGCCGGCCCGGCCUCAGCCGCUGCCGCCUGGCUGCGAGGCGCCGCUCGCUGCGGGGCCCCGGCCGCCUGCCGCCGCCGCCGGGCGGCCCUGCCCGCGCCCGCGGGGGGCCAGCAGGUUACAUCUUUCCAAGGGCUGGCUGUUCGCAGCCUCAGCACACUUCCCCUUCAGGAACACUCAGAACAUGGAAGACUAAUUUAUACGGGAAGUCUCGCCAAGGCGGUGUUAGGUGUGAGAUUUUUCUCUUAUUCUACCAGCAUAUUCAACCUUUUCAUGAUGCCCUACAUCAUGCUCAAAACGGGUAUUGGAUCUGAAAGUCUGUUGGUACAAGCUGCCUUUUAUGGCUUGAUAGGGUUUUUUACAUUUGUAACGCCAGUAACCUUGCAUAUCCUUACAAAAGGCUAUGUAAUUCGACUCUAUUAUAAAGCUGAAAUGGACACAUAUACAGCCAUUACAUAUAACGCAAUCCUGGCAGAAAAAGCGACUGUCUUCCAUCAGAAUGAUGUAAAGAUUCCAGACAUCACCAAGAUGUUUACAACAUUUUAUGCUAAAACUAAAUCAAUGCUUGUUAAUCCAAUGCUUUUUCCAAAUCCAGAGGAUUAUGAACAUCUCAUGGGCUAUGACAAACCUUUUUAUUUUGACUUUGAGGAGAAAAAGGAAGCCACUGAAAGCAAAUAAUUUGAAGAUAAUGAAUGUCACUGUCAUUAUUUGUGGUGCAGUGCUACCUGUGUGAAAGAAUGUACAAUUCUGUAACAUUUUUUUAAGUCUCAGAUACUGUUAGAGUUCUUCAGAUGCAUUUUGGAAUGUAUAAAAGCCCAAAGUCUUUUUUUUUUUUUUUUUUUUUUUUUUUUUUUUUUAAAUAACUUGUAAACAGUGAGAGAUUUCUUCAGAGUUAAUGACACAAAACACAGUAAAACAAAUGCUUAUAUCUGUCUUGUGCUUAUUUGUUCUUGGCUUGAUUUUUAUUGUUAACUGUCCAGGGGAACUGUAAAAUGCACAGGCUGUUCAGUCUGUGCUGCAAACUCAUCAACUCUAUUUUAAAAGGAGUCAUUCAUAUAAAAAAAUCAUCAAUACUCAUUACCCAUCAAGUAAUUAGUUAAGUUUUUAAGGCUUAAAGAUUAAUUGCACUUAAUGCAAAAAGGCCAGGUUUUCUUGUUGAUACUUCACAGACAGUAUAAAGGCAUGGAGAUGGCUUUCACUUCCCUCUGUGAGAACAUCAGUAGCCUGGAGGAGUCUUCAGAAAGCAGACAGGUGUUGCUAGUUCCCUUGCCUGCAGGCCUCUGGGGAGGAUAGGAAGAAUGGCUGAGCCUUAAUAAACUCUAGCUAUUCACAUUUACUGCAUGGCCUCUUAAGCGAUAGGCCCACACCCAAGCAACUCUGUCCCCAGAGGUGGAGAACAAGUGAUCUUUCUCUUCUGGGGGCAGGGGGGAAGGAGGCAAGCAUUCUGGCAUAACAUCUGCUCUGUCAAAAUACUGUCUAAAGUGUGUGCUGUACUUGUACUGAUUUAAAGAAAAUACUAGCAGAUAAUGGUUAAAAUGGAAACUUUUCAGUAAAAAAUGGAAACUUUCCUUUAAAAUGGAAACCUUGCUGGGGAAGCAAAAAGGAAUCUUCUCUAGAGUACUGUUUAGGUUUUCUGCCUUUAAAAAUACCUCUCUAUCUAUUUAUUUAUUUAGCUUUGCAAAGAAAGCCACCUUUAGUUCAAUUAAAAAGAGGAUUAGACCUUUGGAUCUUUUUGCCUGACUGGAUUUGUUAGAUUAGUUCUGCACUCUGAAUAUGAAAUUGGAUUUAAAUGUUUUCAGCCCAAGCAGAGUUUUGUCAUGUAAAGUGAUGGAUACUUGUUUUUAAAUAAUGAAAGGCCUAAAUAUUUUGAAGUUUAAAAAAAUGACUGAAUUGGAAAAGAAUAUAAGCAAAAUUCACGUUAAUCCUUUUGUGUUAGCAGUGUAAUUUGUAAUGAGUAAAUCUGAUGCUUGCUACUAAUGAAGUCAUCUUGAUGCUGCAGAUAAGGAAAAAGUUAUAACUGUCUUUACAGAUGUUUUCUAAAUUCUGAGUAAAAAGAAUGUAUUUAAAAGUCUAAA